AUGUUAGCUCAAGGGCCGCUCACGCUACUGCUAUGCGUGCUAAUAGCAUGCCUCGAAUGGUCGACUGGUGCUCACGGCCUGUCGAUCCGUCAGAAGUCACUUCCAACUCUCUUAUACCGCUUCGACACCCGGAAGCCAGAGGUUAUUAAAAAAGCAGGAGGCUUUUCGCCCCGUAGCAUGGACAUACAGAACGAAGAGGGGGCGAGUGUCUACUUGCAUAUGAGAGGCGAUCCAGCUGGAGGCGCUCCUAAAGAUUCAAUAUACGUGUCGACAACUAUCGAUGCCCAGAUCGCGGCCAAAGAAGUUGCGGCUGGCCGGGAAGGGUACAUAUACGAGAUCCAUGCUACGGAAAACAUGUUCUCGGUCUCGGACACGCUCAAGAAUCACUACAUUUAUCUAUCUCAGAAGGAGUGGGUAGCAGUACUGGGCAUUCGGUCAGACCAGAUUAAGAGUGUAGCCAAGGUCAAGGCUCGCAAGGCAACUGGGGCCAAGCCAGAGCUCGAAUUCAAGCCAUUCAAGGGAUACAACGAGGCCAAGUACAAUGGGCACACUGCCAGUCCUCCAGAACCUCAGCUGGCUGGAUUUCCCCCCAACCACCCAGCGCUCGAAGAGCCACAGUGGAAGGCCCUGAGCGGGAAGUCCCUGAAAGACGCUGCAUCGAAAUUUUUGAAGCGUGCAGAAGCCAAAGGCUGGGAGCUGCCAGAGUUUAGGGAGGGCGGCGGGUGUACCAUUUCAAAACGAGGUCUCUGUGAUGAGGCCGGAAAUGGCGCCGAGGAUCAAGGUCUCAAGAACCCCGAGAAGGAAGGCGAUGAACAAGUCCCCAGGACGGGAGAAGAGCCGCCUAGGUCUCCCGAGUUGAACAAAGAAGGAGAAGUGCCGUCAACAGGCGAGCUUGUGAAAAGCGUUGAGGAUGUAUCCUCGACAGAAUUCAGGGCUCUAGCCGGGAGAUACAAGGUUUUAUCCUUCGUCGAGAACAAGCUAAAGCUGAAGCUCCCAUUGUUCCGCUCCGACACGCUCAAGUACAAGCCGCUAGGCAGUGCCCUGAGCCACGUCAAGGCGCCGCCGUCUUUUGGAAAGCUAGCACUAAAGUCCCUCAGUAAGUCCUUCAAGGCGCUCGGCUUGGGAUUGUACGCCCACGGCAUUAUAGACGCGUAUGCAAACAAUGUCAGUGCCAUCGACUGCGCCGCAGCGCUGACUGCCAUUAUCCCUGUGGUCGGUUGUGCUACGCAGAUAGCAGCAGACAUUGCUGGGGGUCAAGCCAAUGCAUUGGACGCCAUCGAUGACGCCAUGUGCGUCGUUGGCGAUGUUUUGCUCUUCAACCCAGCAACUGCCCCUUUUGGCAUCGCCGUCCACAUCGCCCGCUUCAUCAUCGGACUGAUCCGUGCCGCCCUCCCACCCCCUGGACCGGACCCCGAGGUGCUGCGGGAAAUCAAGAAGAUCAGAGACGAGGCCUGGACCGAGUUUCUCCAACAGCACGUGUACAAGGAGCUCUCGUCUAGGGAGUUUGGCGACAACAUGCGCAGUGCUCUCGCCACCGAGACUUUGUCCCUCCUCUCCGAGGGUGCCCAAACCAUUGGCGUCCUGGUCAAGAGCCAAGAGCUGGCGCUCAACAAGACGGAUGACAAGACAGAAUUAGAACAGCUCAAGAGCUUCUUCCAAAACGGCACAGAAAACGUCCGCAAAAGGCUCGACUCGACGAUUCUGGACGCUCAGCGCCGGUACAUGAUCAAUCUCGUGGCCAACGUGCGGGACCAGGACAAGAACGCCUCGAUACAGGCGGCAGCCGACGCGUAUAACGACUUCUUUGUCACAAAGAAUCUGACUGAUGCCGGGGCCGACGAGCGCAUCAAGCAGAGCAUCCGCGGCGAGAAGUUGCCCCUGCCCGACAGCUUCACCCUAGCCUACCUUAUCGGGCAGGGCACGGCGCAGGAUAUCCAAGUACCUACACAACCGGCCCCCGAGAUUGAAAAGGCGCUCACGUCGCCGGAUGAAAAGGGCCUGGCAUUGCGGCAAGCUGCGGCCAACGACGGAACCAAUUGGGAGAUGCACCCGCUGGCCCUGAGUCUGCCCGACUACCUGCAGCUGAAAGUGCAGGGCUUGUCCAAGCAGGAUGCCGACACUGUCAGCAUCCGGCAGACAGCUGCCUUGAUCAAGCUUUUCGACGGCAACGUGGCCGAGGAGGACCUGGAAAAGGCGUCUCCCAAACUGGAGGGUGUCGACAUCAAGGAGUUUCAAAUCUUGGCUGCUCUGAACAUGGGGCGGAAACUGAAGUUCUGGAGGCUAACCGAGGAUAGGAAGCUUCACUUCGUUCCCGAGUCGGCGGCUAGUAAUCCCGCCGGGACGAUUGCCUCGGUUUUGGGGCUCUCGGAACAGGACGUCCAAGUGGUGCUAGAGAAGUGA